AUGGGCUUCUGGGACGCUGUCACCGAGAUUAUCGACGCGGCCACGCCGUGGGCCACCGUCGAGGCCGAGGCCCCUGCGGAUAUCCCCGCUGAGUCUGCCCCUGCCGCCGAGAGCACCGAGGAGACCACCGCCGAGACCGAGGCUGAGGAGCCCGCUGCCGCCGCCGACGAGGCCGAGGAGGAGGCUGAGGAGGAAGAGGAGGAGGACGAGGAUGAGAUCGUCGAUCCCAAGGAGACUCUCGAGGAGGAGUGCCGCAACUCCAAGGAGUGCGCUCCCGCCAAGCACCACUACGAUGAGUGCGUUGCCCGCGUCACCGGCGGUACUGGUGCCGAAGGCGAGGACUGCGUUGAGGAGUUCUUCCACCUCGCCCACUGCGCCACCCAGUGCGCCGCUCCCAAGCUCUGGAACGUCCUCAAAUAA